GAAACGCGACGUGAUGCAGAACAUUAUGCAGAUCUUGGAGUCGGUGCAGUUGAAGUGGGAGCUGUUCCAGAGCUGGACGGACUUCUCCAGGCUCCAUCUUUCUAACAAACUGGCCAUUUUCGGCAUCGGUUACAACACCCGCUGGAAGGAGGAUAUCCGUUACCACUACGCGGAGAUCAGCUCGCAGGUACCCCUCGGCAAACGCCUCCGGGAAUAUUUCAACUCGGAAAAACCCGAGGGGCGGGUUAUCAUGACCAGAGUGCAGAAAAUGAACUGGAAAAACGUUUAUUACAAAUUCUUGGAGAUCACCAUCAGCGAAGCCAGGUGCCUCGAGCUCCACAUGGAGAUCGACUGGAUCCCCAUCGCUCACUCCAAACCCACCGGAGGCAACGUCGUGCAGUAUUUAUUACCGGGAGGGAUCCCAAAAAGCCCUGGCUUGUACCGGGCGUGGGAGGCCCCUUCGCCGCAAGCUUCCCUCCGGGUGGACAUGGAAUCCGCCCGGAUUAUCUACUGUUACCUCGGCAUCGCCGAGGUGCGGACUCUCCAGCAGUGCCUGUUCCUACAUUUUCAGGCCAACACCAAAACCUUCAGCAAGGAUUGGGUGGGGAUCAACGCCUUUUUAUCUCAGAACUGCGUCGUAGAGCCCGGCGUCUCCCCCAAAUCCAUCUACAUCAAAUUU